AGGCAUGUUUACGAAGCUAUCUUAGGACUAAGAAAUGUCUUAAGAUAUACUUACGACAUUUCUUAAGACUAAGUGGGGUUUUCGAAAGUAUCGUAACUUAAGAAAGUUCUUAAGAAUUAUCUUAAAGUUACGACAGCUUUUGACAUACCUUAAGUCUAUCUUAAGCAAAAAUGGCUGCGCCCAUGUUGCUUGCUCGACGAAAUCGUCGUAUCAGACGAGAGAUUUUAUUCAGGGAUAUUGACAACCCUCUUGACUACCUUGAUGAUGAUGCUAUAAUAAGAAGGUAUAGGCUUUCAAGACCCAUAAUUCAUGAUUUGUGUGAACAAUUUCAAAACGAACUCCAACGUCCUACUAUGAGAUCUCAUGCAUUACCUGUCUCACUGCAGGUAAUGGUUGCAUUACGAUUUUAUGCAACUGGCAGUUUCCAAGCAGUUGUUGGUGAUGUGCAUAACAUUUCAAGACCAAGUGUGUUCAAAGUAGUGAAAGAUAUGACCCAGUGUCUUGUUAAUGUGGCCAAUAUACACAUAAGAAUGCCUAUUACUUCAAAUGAAUUGGCCAAAAACAUGAAUGAUUUCAGUUUAAUUGCAAAUAUGCCAAAUACCAUUGGGUGCAUUGAUGAAACACACAUUAGGAUUAAAUCUCCAAGCGUUGAUGAACAUUUAUACAUAAACCGCAAAAAUUACCAUUCAAUCAAUGUCCAAGGGGUUUGUGAUGCCAACUUAAAAUUUAUAAACAUAGUGGCAAAAUGGCCCGAUGGAACACAUGAUGCGUUUAUUUGGUCAAAUUCUGCUCUGAAUCAUUUAUUUGAAACAGGAAGGAUUGCAGAAGGAUGGUUACUGGGUGACAGUGGUUAUCCCCUGCGUCCGUGGUUACUUACACCUGUAAAUAAUCCAUCAACAAAUUACAAUACUUCCCAUAUCCGUACCCGCAAUUUUGUUGAAAGAUCUUUUGGUGUAUUAAAAUCACAUUUCCGUUGUCUUGACACAAGCGGAGGAAGUCUUCUACAUUCUCCCCGAAAAGCAUGCGAAAUCACAGUAGCAUGUGCUGUGUUGCACAACAUGUGUAUUUCUCGCCGCAUACCCCUUCCAGACCCAGACCCACGAGACACAGGAAGAAUUCGAGGGAAUGAUUAUGCCGGGACCGUUAACGACGGUACUCGAAUCAGAAGUCGUCUCAUCACAGGACGUUUUUCUAUGUGUAUGAUCAAUCAGCUGUAAAAAUUACCACUAUACAUGUAUUAGUUUAUAGAUUUCGUCUUUAUGUUUGAUUAGACAAUUGAUUUUUGUCGAUGUAUUUAUCAAAACAAAUGUAGCACGGAUUUGACAAAUAAAUGACAUUGCGCAUUAUUUCUCUUCAUUAAUUUAAAAGAUA